UGAGAGGGGAGGGGGGGGCACAGCCAGCCAGCCAGCCUGCCUGCCUAUUGAUCUCCAAACAUCUGGAACACGUCAUAUUUGUUUUUACAAGGCAAAAAAAAGGGGGGGAGCUAGGCGAGCGCUCUGCAUGCAUGGAGGAGUGAGACAGCAUCACCGCCAACACCACCAAGAAGCAGGACACCGCUGGAGCACUUGACACCUUCCUUCCACGGUGUGUGUCGUGCGAAUCGGCUCUGCAGACACGGCCAGGCCGGUCCAUGGCAUCUUGAUCCCCUUACACCCUACAGGGGCUGGAGGAAAGGAUCAUAUAAAAACAGCAAUUGAGGAGCGAGAGAGAGGGGGAUUUUUUAUCCAAUUUGGCACAUACUCGGGGGUGGGUGGGUGUUUUUUCUUUUUUUUUUUGGUGGGAGGGUAAAAGGUUUGGAGCUGCGAUGGACUGGCAUGGCAUGGCUCGCCUCGGGUUCUUUCUAGCGGCUGUGCUGCAUGGAAUGUGGGGACUGAGCGCUGCCUGCCCUGCGUCCUGCACCUGCACCAUCUCCAGGAUUGUUUGCGUCGAUCCCGAACCGGGCAUCGAGGAUUUCCCGCUGCUCACGCUGGACGACAUGGAAAACAUCACAGAGAUAUACAUUGCUAAUCAAAACAGGCUGUUCGAACUCAACGACAACAGUUUGAGGCACUACAUAAACCUACGGAACCUAACAGUGACAAAGACCAGACUGAUGUCCAUAUCCUCGGACGCAUUUUACAACAACACGAGACUUCAAUACGUAAACCUGCGAGACAACAACCUGUCAACAUUGUCAUGGAGGACUUUUCAGAACUUUAACGCCACCUAUUCGCUCCUGCUCUCUGGAAACCCUCUGGAUUGUGUGUGUGAAAACCUAUGGAUCAAACUGAGGAGCCAAGACGAACCGGAGGGCCAAGAUCUGAAAUGCACAGACGAUAGAGGAGCAACAAAGGCCUUCGCCACACUGACUCCGCCCGACUGCGUGGUUCCCCAAGUAGAGGUCACCCCCACGAUGGUGACCGAGAUGGAGGGGGGGAAUGUCAAAGCCGUGUGCAGCGCAUCAGGCUCACCUCCUCCAGAGAUCCUGUGGAACCUUUACAUGAUUUCCUCUCGCUAUGACAUCAAGCCUAUGGAUAUGGCGAGCAGUCUGACCUUAUCAGACCUUUCUCCAGAAGAUAACGGCAGGCUGAUCGCGUGCAGCGCUGAGAACAUGGUCGGUCAGACGGAGGCCACGCUGCAGCUGAAUAUUCUCUUCGCUCCCACCAUCCUGCAGCUGUUGGAGCCAGAGCAGGGCCACCACUGGUGCAUCCCCUUCAGCGUGACCGGCAACCCUAAGCCCGAACUGCAGUGGUACUUUGAGAACGUGAUCCUCCAGGAGCAGGACUACAUCCGCACCAUGUACCACCAGACCUACAACAGCGAGUACCACGGCUGCCUGCAGCUGGUCAACCCCACGCACAUCCACAACGGCAUGUACAGGCUGGUGGCCAAGAAUGAGUAUGGGCGAGAUGAGAAGAAGGUCUCGGCCCAGUUUAUCGACCCACCGUACAACCAUACAGAAGACCCUUUAUACUAUUACACGACUGACACACCGCUGCCCCCGCCGGACGAUAGCAUUGCUGUUUACGUCAUCGUGGGAAUUGCCGGAGUGGCGCUGACCGGCUGUGUUCUCAUGGUCAUCAUUCUCAAAUAUGGAAGAAACUCCAAGUUUGGAAUAAAAGGCUCCUCCUCAGUCAUCAGCAACGACGACGACUCCGCCAGCCCUCUCCAUCACGUCUCCAAUGGCAACAACACCCCGUCGUCCUCCGAAAUGGGUCCAGAUGCAGUGAUCAUCGGGAUGACAAAGAUUCCUGUCAUUGAGAACCCGCAGUACUUCGGCAACUCGGGCAGCAUGCUGAAACCUGACACGUUUGUCCAGCACAUCAAGAGACACAACAUCGUCUUGAAGCGGGAGCUUGGUGAGGGCGCGUUCGGCAAAGUCUUUCUUGCCGAAUGCUACAACCUGACCCCUGACUACGAGAAGAUCCACGUGGCCGUGAAGACUCUGAAGGAGGCCAGUGAGAGCGGGCGAGCAGACUUCUAUCGAGAGGCGGAGCUCCUCACCAACCUGCAGCACGAGCACAUCGUCACCUUCUACGGCGUGUGUGUGGACAGCGACCCUCUCAUCAUGGUCUUUGAAUACAUGAAACACGGCGACCUCAACAAGUUCCUCAGGUCUCACGGCCCCGAUGCGGUCCUGAUGGCCGACAGUCAGCACAGCAUCCUGGUGGAGCUGACCCAGUCCCAAAUGCUGCACAUCGCCCAGCAGAUUGCGGCCGGCAUGGUCUACUUGGCCUCGCAGCACUUUGUGCACAGAGACCUGGCCACCAGGAACUGCCUGGUCGGGGAGAACCUGCUGGUCAAGAUCGGAGACUUUGGCAUGUCCAGAGACGUUUACAGCACAGACUAUUACAGAGUUGGCGGUCACACGAUGCUGCCCAUCCGCUGGAUGCCUCCAGAGAGCAUCAUGUACCGACGCUUCACCACAGAGAGCGACGUGUGGAGCCUGGGCGUGGUCCUGUGGGAGAUCUUCACCUACGGCAAGCAGCCCUGGUACCAGCUCUCCAACAAUGAGGUGAUCGAGUGCAUCACGCAGGGGCGGGUGCUUCAGCGGCCCCGCACCUGUCCCAAGGAGGUGUACGACCUGAUGCUAGGCUGCUGGCAGAGGGAGCCGUACAUGAGGCUCAACAUCAAGGAGAUCCACGGAAUGCUCCAGAGCCUCGCCAAGGCCUCCCCCGUCUAUCUGGACAUACUGGGCUGAGGAGGUGCUGUACAGUAUGUGUGUGUGUGUGUGUGUGUGAGAGAGAGAGAGAGAUGAGGCAGGGAGGGCGUGCGGCUGUGUACAGUACCUGGCUGUAAAUGUUCCUGUAAAUGUUAACUGUCCUCAUUACUUUGAGAAAAGCCUUAAAUUUGGAGUCGUUUUUGCUUUGCUUUAGCUUCCCCCGCGCUGUGCAUCGAGUUGGCCGUUUAAAAGGUAACGCAUUUGUCAACAGGGGGCGCCGACAUGCAUUCAGACCACCAAUGACAGACUCGCUGAGACAUAAACGAUAUUGUCGUAAUGCGGCUGUUGUAUGUGUAUUUUCAGCAAGUGAACAAAGGGAAAAUUACUAAUUUAUAGAUCAAUUGUCAUCAUUUUUGUUUUCAAGUUGUAGUUUUUCCUGUUUGUUUCUAAUUGUUGACAGAUUUUUUUUUUUACAUUUUUUAGUUCCUGGAAUACAUUACAAGAACCUUUUUUUUCCACAGUAGCAUGUUAUCAAUAAUAAUAUAUAUAUAAUAUAGUAUACUCAAAUUAUAUUUUUUUCAGAAAUCCCCAAUUCUAUUUAUAUUCAUUUUAUAGUAGAUAUUAUUAUUUUAUCUUAUUACAUUUUUAUUUCUAACUUCUGAUUUAACCCCUGCAAGUGUGGAAUAGGGUCUAUGUUGAAGACUUUAUAGGGCACUUAUUGAAAUGAUGACAUUACUUUACAGAUAUUUAAACAUAUAUAUAUAUAGUAUUUAUUUUUCAUUCAUAUCAUUAUUUUUAUGCAAAAUCGUACUUGAAUUUUUACAUAUUAUUGAUUAGUUAUUUUGAUUUAUUUCAAUCUAAUCCCUGAAAGCAAGGAAUAUUUGACUUAAUAUUUUGUAUUUAAAGGGCAUUCAUUGGAAUACUUAAAACAUGUCAAACCUUUAUAAUUAUCGGAAUAUGUUACAAAAUUGGUUUUGUGAUACUUUUUGUAAAUUAUAAUUCAUCAAAAUGGUUUAAUUUCUAAUCCCUGAACAUCUGGAUUUAUUGGCGUUUUUAACUGGUUUAACUGGAAUUUAAAUUUCAUCAAUCAAAAUGUGCUUCACAUGCCUCAGCAAAGAAAAAUAGCAAAACUCCCAUUUAAGUCAUACAAAAAUAUAUAUAUUAUCCAGAUUUCUUUUUAUAAAUAUGUUAAUGGUGACCAAACUUUAAAAAAGGCUUCUAAUAUACUAUAUAAUACCUCUGCGAGGGUGCAGUUAUUUAUUUCAGUAUGUUUUGAGCCACUCUUCGUACAUGUUAAGCUUACCAGGUGGUGUUUUGAAUGUUGUCGGGAGGCUUUUAACCAGGGGUAUUUCAUGUACUUACUAAAAAGCACAGAAAAUGAGAAUGAGUAGCUUCCUAAAAAAAGAAAAAGAUGAGCACAGCUUAUUUCUUUUCUGACGGAUUUCAUUUUUGAAUCCACGAGCGGCAUUUUUCUUUUUUUGUAGCAGCGGAUCUCUGUUAUUAGUGGCCCGUAUUAGUGUGUCGUUUCAAACACGUCCAUGUGAGAAGAAGAGAAGCCCGAUAAUGAUUAGAAGUCCUGUUGUGGCGAAUGUGGCUAUGAGGGGGCGCAACAGUCGUCGUGGCGCUGCCUGAGCGCUUUCGUCCGAGCGAAAGACCUGAAGGUUGCCUUUGAAAGUGCUCCCUUGUAGUCGCAAAAGUCCAUUUUAACAUUACUUAAAAGAAAUGAUUAAAAUAUCGGACGUUUUUCUGCAAGAAGAUCAAAGCAAUGAUGUCACAGCAUUGCCUCAAAGCACUUAACUAAGCAUCCAAUCGGAUUGCUCUGAUGUCAUUCCCAUAUACAGCUCACAGCCGCUAGGGUGCAUAUGUGCAUGGUGGGUGGGUUUGGGUGGGGGGGGGUCUCUUUGCUAUAUGACGUCAUUUUUUCCUCAUAUCGGCUUAACAUCUCUCGACAUUUCAUUUGAACCUCCUAUGGGUGGGAGUAAUGGUAAAAAUGUGCUAUCUUGCGAGGAAAUUAUUGUGCUAUUAUGUCAACGAUAUCACGAUACGGUGUUCCCUCGCUCUAUUGCGGUUCACCUUUCGCUGAUUUUAUUUAGUGCUUCUUUUUUGUUGCAGGCCGAGCCUGGCCAUUUAAGAAGAACUGCAUUGUCGGAAGUUGAGUGUCUUUCUCUUCCCUCUCUUGUCUGUGUGCACCGUCCAUUGUUUUCUGCACCCUGAUUGGCUGUAGACCAUUGUCAAUCAGUCUCCUUCGUGCCGCCCUGCCAUGACUCUUGUGUCAUUGCUACCUUGCUAGUUUGUAAAUGAAUCUUCGGUUCCAAGGAGGACGACUGCAACAGGAGGAGCACUGCAGCAAUAUGUUUUAAUGAGGAUACAAAAACGCUAUUGUUUCAUCAUUGCAACAUUCCUGACAGCUCGUGGCCAGCGUAGUAGACCACUACUGCAAUGGCGCAGUGAACCUUCACACAGGAGCUGCUGUCAGCCACAACUCAAGCCAGUCACUGGCACUCUCGACACUGCUAACCAUGCUAACACUCCCCGCCUCUUAAAGGUGCACACAACGUCACAGAUAAAUGCCUUGUAUUUGUAUUUUUGGCCAUUUAGCAAUUUUUAGGAUUGAAAAUGCUGAAUGAAAACAGUCAUCACGUAUUUAUUUAUUUAUUUAUUUUCCAAAAACCACGAUAGAGCGAGGGAGCAGUGUUGGAACCACGAUGUAGCGAGGGGUGACGGCGAUGUGUAGUAAACCAAAAAAACGCACAUAUUUUGAUGUCAUUUCCUGGGAUGAAACUCCCUGAGUAUUUUGCGUUAAUAUGUUAUCGUAAUAUUUUGAGUGAGUGAAAGCGGCAGACUUACUCCAAAUAUGAUACUGGUGUGAUAUUUUGCAAAUGGUAAAAAUAACAUGAUUGGGGGGGUUGUGUAAUUUCACACACUUGGAUGACAUUUCUAGGAACGGGAACUUACGAUAUUGCUGACGAUAACGAUGAUACGACACAGGAAUCAUGCCUUAAUCGAUACUUGGGAUAGAAAUCGCAGCGCUAAAUGGCGCCAUUAUGCCGACUAUAGUCAGCGACAUCGGGGGGGGGGGAUCACAGUAAGCCGUGUUGGCAACGCUACCAUCACAAGACGGUGUUCGGACGGUAACGGUACAUAUCGAUAUCCAAUAUUUGUAUAGGCGAUGUAUCAUGACAAGGAUACUUUAUCCCACUCCCCGCAAAAUACUUUCACAUUUCAUUCAUGUGAAGAGCGUCCCGUGCAAGCGCAUUUGCUUACCUCCGUUCCCCCCAAAAAACACACACAAGUUCAGCACCCAUUUUGAAAAACAAAAACAAAGCAAAACAACCUCUUCUUCUUGUACGACUUUGUCCGCUGUAGAUAAGCCAGCCGCUGUCCACCCUGUACAGUUCUUGUGUAUACGACUCGUAGGCUACGUUACAAACUAGUAUACUCUGUUCCGAGCAGGUAUGACGUCCAACUUGUUCUCGAAGUGUUAUGGGCCGCUGGGCAAUACAUAAUCCAUGUAAAUACCGUUUGAUUUGUGCGACGCUGUACGCUUUUCUUUGUGCUGGUCGAUAAUAACAAACCCCCUCCGAUCUACUCUUUAUAUUUACUUUCCCAUCCGCUUAGUUUUAGCCUCCAAAACGAGUAAUAAUAAAAGGAAAAAGACCUGCUGACUUCUCUCCACUGUGAUGGGGAGCUCGCUAAUGGAUUCUGGGAUCGGGUCACGCGAGGAGUUCAAAGAUCGCCCGCCCCCCUGGCCUCUUUUGACUGACUACCGCCUCCUUUUGAUCCUCUUUCAGAUCAGCAACUGUGAUUUUGCAUCAUGAAUCGUAUAUUAUUUUGAAUGUAAUCUAAGAAGAAAAAAAAAAAAAAAAAGGCCGGGACCUCUUUUGAAUGUAAUCUAUUUUGUGGGGCGGCGGGGCUUAAUUGUUUUUGUAAAUAUGUGGUAAAAGGGGGGAAAAAAAAGACACUUUUCAUCAUUUUACUUACAGUGUGUGUGUGUGUGUGUGUGUGUGUCUCUCUGAGAUGAUGUGUGUGCGUUUCCACGUACACUCGGAUGCAAGAGUGUGUGUUCUCCAAGAUUUAAUCUUGCUUUAAUCUAAUACUUCUAUCAAUCAAUCAAUCAAUCAAUCAAAUGCUUUGUGCAUCAUGUGAGUAGCUUAACCACAAUUAAUGGAGAUGUUCCUUGUGAUACUGUGUAUUUAAUAAAGGUGGUAUGUCUUACA